AUUAAGAAGAUCUGUUUACACAAGGCCUCUGUGAACUCUCAUGCUUUAUGUCACUUAACUCAGUCCCUGCUUAUACAGUGUACAUAGUGUAGUGCACUAACCUCAGCACCCAUUAACAUUAGUUGCAUGAUCACAAUAACUCCUUUUGCCAUUGUCUUUCAAUUACACAACCUUAGUCUACACUUUGCGUGCAUGUAAUAGAUUUCUGCUGUGCUGUAUUGAUUUCAAACAUUUGCACAGUAUGCACAUUAGAUUAACUCAGGUCUUAUGGUAGCUUGAUUGUUUUAUAUUACGCUUUUUAAACCUCCACCAAGGAGAUUAUGUUUUCACCCCUGUGGAUUUGUCGGUUUGAUUGUGAACAAAAUUACACAGAAGCCACUGGAAAGAACCCAUUUGAAUCAAGUGUGGAUCUCUAAGCACCAUUCAAGUUUAUAUUAUUUUCUUAUAUUUGUUUAUUGUUGUCUUAUUAAGUUGUUUUCAAGCUACAAAGACUCUAUUCUCUAAUGUGUCAUAAUUUUAUGUUGCUGGAUAAAAACACUCUUUUAUUGACUAGGAGUGUUUCACUUCUACUGAAUGAUUCCAUAAAAAUCGAUUUUCAUGACCACUAGACCUAUUGAGCUUUUUCAAAAUAAAGGCCUGUAAUUACAGGAACGAAGUCUGAAAGGAAGAAAAUGUUUUCGUGUCUCUUGUAAGCUGACAGGUGGCGGCUGUGAUGAUCUUGAACCUUCUCUUUACAUGGUUAAAAUUAGAUAUAAAUAAGGUAACGUUAAAAUCCAUACUCUCGAUCACAAGCACUCUGGUCUGUUAUUGACUCGCGAUUGUUUCACAUCAAAGUGUUGCUGUCGAUAGUCAGCACUCGCUCUGUAACAGUGCAGUAAAUGAUUGGUGUAGAAUAGAUGAAGCUGUAACCAGUGUGAAACCACACAAACCUUCUGACACGAAGGCAAAAACAGUCCACGGACAGUUCUUUGGUUUCGUCUCAGUCCUCACUAGAUCCGUCAGACAUCUUUCUCUUGUUUCUUCUUUUCCUGGUGGAUUUUACACUCGAUGGUGUGCAUCAUCCCUCUCGAGUCUCAGAGAGAAUCCCGUCUGCCUCUGCCUGGUUUCUCCCUGAACACGAACAUGGCUUCACAUGACUGGUAAUGAAUCCAAUGGGCUGGGAUGCGUUUGGACUUCCAGCUGAGAAUGCUGCCAUCGAGAGAGGUCUUGACCCAGAAGAGUGGACUAAAAGUAACAUCCAGUCCAUGCGGGAGCAGCUGGACAGCCUUGGCCUUUGCUUCAGCUGGGACCGGGAAGUGACCACGUGUCUUCCAGAGUACUACAGGUGGACGCAGUAUCUGUUUGUUAAGCUCUUCGAGGCAGGACUGGCGUAUCAGAAAGAGGCCGUGGUGAACUGGGACCCUGUGGAUCAGACAGUGCUGGCUGAUGAGCAGGUGGAUGAAAAUGGUCUCUCUUGGAGGUCUGGCGCGCUGGUGGAGCAGAAGCUGCUCACGCAAUGGUUCAUCAAGACCACAAACUACGCCAAGCCUCUCCUGGACGCCCUGGCAGACCUUCCCGAGUGGUACGGUGUCAAAGCCAUGCAGGCAAACUGGAUUGGAGACUGCACCGGCUGCUACUUCGAUUUCCAACUCAAGGUGGACGGGGAGGAGACGGGGGAGACCCUGUCAGCCUACAGCUCCUCCCCGGAGACGGUGUUCGGGGCGGCCUACCUGGCCAUUCUGCCCUCCCACAGGCUUUUACACGGCAGCAGCUCGGUGCGCUCAGCACUGGAAAAAGGCUUUCAGCCGGGCAGAGACACCCUGACAGCGGUCACCGCUCGCAACCUGUUCACCGGCCACGAGGUUCCCCUGAUCAUCUCGCACAAAGAGGCGUUUGAUGGCUAUUUAGACACUGUGAUUGGUGUCCCAGACUGUAGCGAGGAGGAUCUCUCUGUGGUCACAGCGCUGAACCUUCAGUGGACGACGGUGCUGAAAAGUGACCAAGACGGGAAUCAAACGUUGAUUAACUCUGAUGAGUUCUCUGGCCUCAGCAGAGCGGAAGCCUUCGACUCCAUUACCCAGAAGGCCAGAGAGCAGAAGGUCGGCGGCCACCUCACCAGCUCCAAGCUCAGGGACUGGCUGAUAUCAAGGCAGCGGUACUGGGGCACACCCAUCCCCGUGGUGCAUUGUGGGACUUGCGGCCCAGUUGCGGUCCCUGAGGAGGAGUUACCAGUGACUUUACCGAAGCUACCGUCGCUCACAGGAAAGGGGGCGUCGCCUCUGGAGGCUUCACAUGACUGGGUGAACUGUAAAUGUCCAAGAUGUAAGGGCCAGGCGAGGAGGGAGACCGACACCAUGGACACGUUUGUGGACUCAGCCUGGUACUACUUCAGAUACACAGACCCUCAUAACACAGAUAGGCCCUUUGACCGUCAGCUGGCAGAUCACUGGCUGCCUGUGGACGUGUACAUCGGAGGGAAGGAGCACGCUGUCAUGCACCUGUACUACGCUCGCUUCCUCUGUCACUUCUGCCAGGACCAGAGCCUUGUGGCCCACAGGGAGCCUUUCCGGAAGCUGCUGGUCCAGGGUCUGAUUAAGGGCCAGACUUUCAAACAGGCGGAAAGUGGCCAGUACCUAAAGAGAGAGGAAAUAGACUUCACAGACAAGGAGCCUGUGGCGUUGGAUGGUGGUUGUGUUGAGGUGACGUGGGAGAAGAUGAGCAAGUCUAAAAACAACGGCCUGGACCCUCAAGAGGUGGUGCAGCAGUACGGCGUGGACACGGUUCGACUCUACAUUCUGUACGCUGCGCCGCCUGAGCAGGACAUCCUCUGGAAUGUCAAGACGGACGCCCUUCCCGGGGUCCUGAGAUGGCAGUCCCGACUCUGGCAGCUGGUGACCAAGCUGAGAGUGGCUCGGCAGCUCGAAGGUGUCCCCAACCCCUCCCUGCUGAAGAAGAAGGAGCUGGAAGAGGCCAAGAAGAUCUGGGAGAACAAGAACUACGCUAUUGAAGAGGUGACGUCUCACUUCACUGAGGACUUCCUUUUCAACGCAGCCAUUUCACGUCUGAUGGGAUUGACCAACACACUGAAUAGUGCGACAGUCAGGGUGGUGCAGCACAGCGUGGAGUUUGAGGAGGGGCUGGCCUCACUGGUGAUGAUGACAGCACCCAUGGCCCCUCACCUGGCGUCUGAACUCUGGGCAGGUCUUUGCCAGGUGGAAAACCCCCUCAGCCCCCUCCUGCAGCGGGGAGGAGACGCCCUGCAACAGUCCUGGCCAACUGUGGACCCUGAGUACCUGAAGGUCCCUGACUUUGUAGAGCUGUCUGUUCGGAUAAACAACAAGGUGUGUGGGACGGUGACGGUGCCGCUGCAGGUGUCCAAAGACACAGAGCGGGUGCAGCAGCUGAUCCUGGAGAGCCAACUCGGACGGGAGCUCCUUGGCGGGCGCAGCAUCAAGAGAGUCAUCCUCUCCCCCAGGACCGCCCUCGUCAACUUCCUCAUCGAUGAGUGACGUUCAGCACUGGUUUUGUAACUGGGACUAAGUUGUAGAUUGCUGUCGGUCAGUGAUUCUGCACGAGGAGACAGACAGAAGAGGUGGACUGUUAGAAAGGAUGGAAGUCAGCUUAUUUAAAGCAACACUGUGUAACUUUUUCUCUGCAACAGCGCCCUCUGCAGCCAUGUUGAUCACAUCUGUUGGGCUCGGUGUUCAAGUGAUUAAGUGGUAUUCAUUUGGAGAAAAACCAUAACUGUGUAGUCCCCCUCACUGAACUGAAACAGAACUGAAUGGUGGAUAUUACCCAUGAUCACCGGCUUCCUGAAUAACAAGAGCCCGCGCUGUAACAAAUUCACCAAACUCUGUUUACAAUUGCUCAUAUUUUAAGUUUCCUUGCUGAAUGUCUGAAAAAGCUGUUUUUUAUUGAUCUAAAAUUAAGCAUUGCUCAUAAACUUGCUGAAACGGAUACUGGAAAUUUAAACUGCGCCUAUCAGACUGUUCCACACUUCUCACAGGAGAUCGUAUCUGCUCACCAAAGUUACAUGGAGCAAGAACAUAAGUUCAGGUUGAGGAGUGGAAAUGAAAGCGGCACCAUUCUCCCUAUCCCAAGUGAGAGUUCCUUCAACGAAGCUGCUAUUUUCUGGUUAAAAAGUCGCUUAGUGUUGCUUUAAUUGUCAAAACUGCUAUGUAAAUAUGUCAAAAUGUAUAUUUUCUUGUUUUCAAAAAAAGACUCAAGCAGCAGGGUGUUUCUGCCAUUUCUUGUUAUUGACCUUUUAUAAAUUGCCAAGUGAGUUUAAGUCCGUCUUGACAAUCUCGAUGAAAACCACCCAUCCCUUUUAGGUUCCAGUCGACGUUCACGUUCCCCUGCACAGAAACGCUACUCACUGCAUCACACCCAGAACCACGACUUCACACCUCUGCGUCUGCCCUACGCCUGUCAGCCCCGAGCUCUCUGGCUGAGUCACACACUCGUGAUCUCCCUCAUGAGGGGGAUUGUCUCCACCUCUGUAGCGACACGUCUCCUCCGAGCACCAUACACAGGGCCACUGUUUGGCUCCUGUCGAUCUGAAGGCCUGCGGGAGAUACCUAAAGAGUUAAAUGUGGUCAGAGAGGGAUUUUCAGCUCACCACCACAGCAUGGUUGUCCUCUGCUGCUCUGUGUCUCUGUCUCAACACUGGACCAACGUGACUCAGCUGACAGCACUGCUCUGUCUAAAUCCCACGAACCAGCGGCAAUGAAAUGUAUCCGUGUGUACACCCACGGCCAUAUCUCUUUACAGCCUGU